AUGUUGCGCAACGCCGUCCUCCUCGCCGCUGCGCUGUUGGCGCAGACGUGUGCCGCCACGGGCCCGUUCUUGAAGCAGCUCAACGGCACGACGUGGGUGAUCGGCAACGACCAUUGGAACGUGACGCAGAACGAGAAGUACGGCACGAAGCUGUACCGGAACGGCAAGGACCUCGUCGGCAACGCUGUCGGCCACUACGUCAGCUACAACGGCGCGGCCAACGACCUCGCGUGGCUCAACGCCUCCAUCGUCCACCGCACCGCCGACUACAUCGACGUGCAAUUCACCGCGGCCGAGGGCGAGUUCCACUGGGUCAUCUACGCCGACCUGGUGGGCGCGUACCAGUACUUUGUCAACCGCGCGCUGCCCGUGCUGGGCGAGUUCCGCACGCUGUGGCGGCUGGACAACGCCUCCUUCCCCAACGCGCGCACGACGGAGCGCGACGGGGCCCUGCCCGCGUACGCCGACUAUCUCGACGCGACGAAAGUCCAGGACGAGACGUGGCUGAAGGCCGACGGCACCUACCUGACCAAGUACGACUGGAGCGCCUUCGUCCGCGAGCAGGACUACUACGGCGUGUACGGCGACGAGUUCGGGAGCUGGUAUAUCAACCCGGGCAAAGACUACUACAACGGCAACCACCUCAAACAAGAGCUGAUGCUCCACCGCGAAUCCCUCACCGGCGACGCGGUCCAGCUCAACAUGAUCCACGGCACGCACUUCCAAGCCUCCUCGUCCGACGCCUUCCCCGACGGCAAGCUCUGGGGGCCCUGGCUCUGGUACCUCAACGACGGGUCCCAGACCGACGCCGCCGCGCGCGCCGCCGACGAGUUCGCCGCGUGGCCCUACGCCUGGUUCGAAGGUACCGGCGCGGCGGCCUACCACGACCGCGCGCCCAAAGUCUCUGGCCGCGUCGUGCUGGCGGACGGAAGGCCGGCGGCGGGAGCGGCCGUGUUUUUGGGGGAUAAUCACCCGAAUAAGACGGCGUUGGAUAUGGGGACGGGGCAGUACUAUACGGCGUAUGCGGACGAGGAUGGCGCGUUUGUGUUUGAGCACGUGCGGGCGGGUACGUACGGGUUGCAGGCGUGGUCGAACGGUGGUGCAUUGGCGGAUGUGUCGACGGCGCUGUUGAGGAACGAUGUUGUCGUCAGCUCCGUUGCGGGAGCGUCGCGUAGGCGCAGACGCGCGGCCGCUGGAGAUGAAGGGGAGACGCUGGACCUUGGCGAGUUCGAGUGGCCGUUGCACGAGGGCCGCGAGCGCGUGUUUCGGGUCGGCGCGUUCGAUCGCAAGAGCUUGGGUUUUGAGUAUGGUGGUGCGCCUUACCAGCACGCAUUGGUGAGCAAAUGCCCGGCGGACUUGACGUUUAAGGUUGGGGAGAGUGUGGAUGAGGAUUGGUGCUUCGGGCAGAGCGCGCUGGGGGCGUGGGAUAUCGAGUUCGAGCUCGACGAGGUGCCGGCUGGUAACCGUUCGGCCAUCUUGACUGUAUCGCUGGCUGGAUACUCGCAGGGCACAAGUGCGAACAUUUUGGUCAACGGUGCGGAGAACAAGGUGGGCAAUUUAACCAGUGGUGCCAUCCUGAGUGAUCAGUGCCUGUAUAGGUCUGCGACGACGGCGGGCGAGUGGCAUUUGUUCGAGUUUCCGUUCAAUGGCGCGAGCGUACUGAAGGAAGGGUUGAAUACGGUCACGUUCAACGUGACAGCGAGCACGCAGUGGCGUGGGUUUUUGUGGGAUAGCAUCAUCCUAGAGUGGGCUUAG